AUGUCUGUGCCGACCAUGCAGCGUGAAACGGCCUUUCAGGUCCGGUCUCUGUUCCGCUCUUUGCUCCGUCAAUCCUCCCAGUUCUCGAACUACAACUUCCGCGAGUAUGCCCGCCGGCGCACGAUGGAUGCCUUCCGCGAGCACCAGAAGGAAUCCGAGGACCGACGGAUACAGGAGUUGAUCCAGGAUGGACUACAGAACUUGCGGAUGAUGAAGAGGCAAACCAUUAUCAGUCAGUUCUACCAGCUGGAUCGGUUGGUUGUUGAGGGUCAGAAGACUGGUAAGCAGACUGGCACGGAAGGAAACAUUGUUCGCCAGAAGGAUACUGGCUGGGACUAA